AUGCGAAUCAUUCAUUUGAUAGGGCUGCUGGCUCUAGUGACUCUUUGUGUCACGUUCAUAGAGGCGCAGAACCCUCUAGCACUUCGAAACCUUGGACUCAACGGCAACUCGGACGCUGCGUUGAGAGUCGCCUACGACACAUGGGCCCGUGCCUACAACAAGGGCGAAGCAAUCGACCUGCCCCGUUCGACGUACGCCCAGCGUAACACCAAUGUCUUUGGCUGGAACAACGGCAGACAGCGUAACUCAUACUGGAAGCAGGCCAACUCCUACUCGGACACCUCGUACAACAGAUUCGCCGACACCCAUCUCGGCGCCAACCAGCGCGGCUUUGACCAGGUGACCGCCACAUCCUCGCCAUCCAAGUACCGCAACAGACUGUACGGAGGCCGUCUGGCCGGAGUGAUCAUCGGCAGUGUGUUUGGAGGUGUGCUCAUCCUGCUCGGAACCAUCUCGUCCAUCAUCGCCUGGCGUCGUCACGUGGCCAAGAGAAGAGCCACCGUGUACGGAGACUACCGUUCCAACUUCAGAACCAACCAGCGCAACCCAGUGUCCAACGCCGACUACACCGCCCCACCCGAGUUCUACAGAGAGUCGCACCGACACACUCUCAACCAGGGAUAUAUCAACGAGACCAACGCCGCCGAGCGUUUCCACACUGAGAACUUGUAUCCAUACAAUGAUCGUGAGCGUCUUGUUCCAUCCGCUGUCAAGACCGUUGAUGAGGUUGUUGUCCGUCGCAACUAA